GAGCGGUCCGUGAAGGAAGCAUGUGUUUCCGUGUUUUUGAUGUAGCUUGUACUCUGCUUUUUAUCACAGCGGGGUGGGUCUUUACUGCUCCUCCCUCCCAGCCCACACAGACCCGGGUCCGAGACGAGCGCGUCCCGGGAAUGACAGCUCGGUAGAAGAGGCUGCAGCCGAGGAGCGGGACAGCUCCAUCCGCGGAGGAAUGCCCGGGAACCGGCAGCCCAAACCCUAUCAGUCGCUCAGCAACAGUAUUGAUGAGGAGGAGGAGGAAGAUGAAGACAACAGCCCCUCUCAGGACUCUUUUGAUGAUGCGACCAGGGAUGAAGAGCCUCAGGAGCCCGGUUCCAGCAUCCUCCCAGAAGAGGAAGGUCUCAGUGACAGCAGCUUCUCCUUGAGGAUCAGUAAGACUUGCGUGAAGAACGUCCUCACUGUGGUGCUGAUAUUCGUCUACCUGCUGCUGACCGCUGUAGCCAUUUUCCUGGCUUACCAGACCAUCUCUGAUUUCCUGGAGAAGCUCAACCAACCCGUCAUGUCGGUCACAUACAAAGAAGUCGAUUCCUUCUCUCCUCCUGGUGUGGCUCUGUUCCUGGGAAACGCCCAGCUGCUCAGCUGUAAGCAUCACUACCACGACUACAUCCCGGUGUUAGUGGACCCCGGGAAACCCCAGCCAGGAGACUGUGAGUUCAGGAACGUGACCUACGUGGGCCCAUUCACCAAUGCAACCCAGAAACACGCUGUGGUGGUCCGGGGGCCGUCUGAUGUCAGAAACAAAGAGCUGAUCUUCAUGCAGUUCAGCCUGAAUGAAACUCAGGAGGAUUUCAGCGCCAUCACCUACAUGCUCUUUGCCAGGUUCAGUGACUUGACUAAGAGUAAAGACAAGUCAGAGUUCAUGAGGGACUGUGAGAGGAACUACUCCACCUGGACCUUCUCAGGGGGGUUCAGAACCUGGGUCAAAAUGUCCCUGGUGAAGACGGCUGGAAAAACCAAAGAAGGUGUUGAGUUUCGGCAGGAGUCUUCUGUUGUCAAAUUCAAUGAUAAGCGAACGGAACAAACCGACCAGCUCUUCUUUGUGGUCUUUGAGUGGCGGGAUCCCUACAUCCAGGAAAUCCGGCUGGUCGUGACCGCAAACCCCUGGAGCUCCAUCGCCAUCCUCUGCGGCGUCUUCAUGGCUCUCUUCAAAGCUGCCAACUUUGCCAAACUGACCAUACAGUGGAUCAUCAGGAUGCGGAAGAGACACCUGAAGCACAAGAGCAAGGAGCUGAAGAGCAUCAACUGAAGCAGAUCUCAGUUUUCACCCUUCAAGGCCAGAGAUAACACACGCUCUUUGGUCUAUCAUCAGUCUUUGAUCGUUUACACCAUCAAGCGUGAAUCUGGUCAUUUUGACUAGGAGAAAAGCAGAUUUUCUUUUUUUUACUGGCUUUGCACCAAAAUGCAACAGAUUACCAACACAAGGCGUUGCACAACAACACUUUUCAUCAAUCGACUGACAUUAAUUCCGUAAGCACUGCACUAUUGUAAGGUGUUGCAUAUCAACACAAAGCUGUUUUGCUCAGAAUUCACUGGAAUUGACGUUAAGUCCGUAAACGGUUGAAGAGUUACGGUAGUCGAAAGAAUGUAAACACUGGAUCAUGCUACAAACAAUUCUUAACACAAAAAAUGUAUUUCUGCUACAAAUGACCAACAAACACUUGUUACAUUUCUUCUUACUGGUGACCAAAAACCAGUUACUGAUUCACAUUUCUUAAACAAUUUAAUCCUGUUGUUGAAUUUUCCGUUUUUUUUUUGCUGCUGAACAAUCUUUUUAUGAGUGUUUUGAUGAUGAACAAAAAAAAGUAUUUUAGUGAAGCCGUUGCUGAAUGUUUGACUGGGUCAAAUGUAAAAAAGUCCAAAAUUUAAAGGGAUUUCCAUUUACGCAGAAUUUUAUUUUUGUAAAAAAAAAUGUCCUAAAACAGUCAUUUUAACUUAAAAGGGAUUGACAAAACUUUUUCAGUCUUUUUAAUGAACUACAAGCCUGUGAAUUCUACAUAUUGUAUAUUUUAUGGGAAUAAAAAGAUGAUGUUCCUUCACUGUA